UCCGAAUUUUACACGCUAUAACUAGGUCAAUGUUUCGCAACUUAGGAAAGCAACUCAUGAUAUAAACAGUAAAUUAUAUGUAGAUGAUAAGUUUCUUAACAUUAUCCUGAUUUUUUUUCCGUUAAUUAUAUUCGAUAACCGUUUUAUCGCGGAGAGAUCUUUUAUUUUUAAAAACAUAACACCGACCAAUCACACAGCGCGAAAUAGCGGGGGCGGGGCUAAGGUGCGGUAACUAGGCAACCACAUGACAACAAGCAGCGCUCAGUGAGAUGAGUGAGAAAAUAGACGGGUUUUUAUUAGAUUAAGUCGUUCGAUUUUGUAGCUAACUGACUAGUUGUCUAUUUUUUUUAUAUGUUAGAAAAAUAAUGGAAGAAGAUACACAUCAGCACUCAUCACGCAUUUAUGUAGAAAGGACUUUAGCUUUGAUCAAACCCGACGCUUUAGAUAAAGCAGAUGAAAUCGAGGAUGUGAUUCUUAUGUCGGGAUUCACUAUUUUACAGAAACGUAAGCUUCAGCUGAGCCCCGAGCAGUGCAGCGAUUUCUAUGCAGAGCAUUAUGGACAGUCUUUUUUUCCAAGCUUAACAGCAUUCAUGAGCUCUGGCCCGGUCAUUGCACUUGCGCUGGCAAAGCAUCAAGCCAUCUCUAACUGGAAACGUCUGAUGGGACCAAACAACAGCACCGAGGCCAGAGAGACACAUCCUGACAGCCUGAGAGCGAGGUUUGGUACAUCUGACUUGAGGAACGCUGUACACGGCAGUGAAACAUUUAUGGCAGCCGAAAGGGAGCUCAAGUUCAUGUUUCCCAACUCUGUUAUUGAGCCCAUUCCUUUGGGUGAAGCUGCCACAGAUUACCUGAGCAGGUGUAUAAAUCCAACCCUCCUCACAGGUCUGACCGAACUGUGCAAAACAAAACCAGCCGAUCCAUUCACAUGGCUGGCUGACUGGCUGAUUCAAAACAACCCGAAUAAACCCCAAAUAAGCGAAGGGACUGUGGUUGAUGAUGCAGUUGAACAUGAUUAAAAAUAACUUUAUAGGUUUUCUGACAGAAGACUUUUUUUUCAUGUAGUGCCGAAAAUGAUUUGUAUUAAAACGAGACUUUUUCAGACAUUA